AUGGAGGGCUUUAUUAAUGGUGGAUUUUAUAUUUUAGGUUCCAAGAGACAAGGGAUGGUAGAGAAACAAUAUUUCCACACCAGUAGUCGAAGACAUCGCGACGUCUAUGCAUCCCGAACACACCAGCCUCGUUCCAUUCUCCACAAACCACAAUCAACGGCAAAUAAUCAAAGUGCCGACCUACUCUUCUGCCCAACCCUCAUCGACUCUGAUGAUCCUCUAACUGAGGAUACUCAAAUUUUUACCACUAGCACCUCCUCAGCUGCGCCUACGAGACCGACCAAAAGGAGCAGCAGUAGCUGCCGAAAUACAGAAACCGCCUCACGAAUUUAG